AUGGUCGAGAACGAAACAAGUGAAGAAGCAUCACUUCUACUGUGCGACAAGCUUGCGGUUUCUAAGAUGAUGAGCGCUGUUCAAGACCAUUCACGGAGAUGUCCGGAAGACGUUCAGCUUGUCAAGAAACACGAAGCGGUUGGCACAAAACGGCUGUACGAAUAUUUCUCCAACAGGAACAUAUCCGUUGGGGACCAUGCUCACGAUCGUAACACCACCGUCAACAAAAUUAUAAGAGAAAAAAACGGGACAAGCAACUCCAAUGAUAGAUGGCACGCCGUCAAGGCAACCAACCCUAAAAGGAAUGAAGAUGAUAGCGUUCGGCACGAAAAAAAUGAAGGGAAGACGUGGCAUGCCGAGCUAUCGGACAAAUGCAAGCCGGUACGCAACCACGCCUACUUCGCAAAGGCAACCUGCGAUGGCAGCGCUACCAAGUUGCGGAACACGCUGAUGAACUGCGUCCAUCAUUUUUGUGGACGACAUAAACAGUGCGAUGAGGACUCCCCCUGCAAGUUGAAAGGGUAUGUACCCACCGCGCUGCUAAUUCAAGAUCCGUUUGCGGAGGAGCUGUUAUUCUAUUUCGUGAGAUCGACUACGAUAUUCAGAAAUGCUGAAGACUAUGUCGAAGCAAAGGAUACCUACCAUGUUGAGUCAUUCAACAACAGCAUGCUGAUUUAUUUGGACAAGAGGGUGCACUAUCUGGAUGACACGUACAACCUCAGGCAAAGCCUUGCAGUGCUGGGCUGGAACGAGCAUGUCGGUCGGCACCACACGUCGACUUACUUCAUCGAAGACUCCCGUCACCCCGAUCGGCAAGGCGGGAAGAAGAAUUACACUAGGAAGAAAAUUAGUUUCGUUCACGAUAUCCGGCGUCUGGUGCUGGAUACUGCAGCCGUGAACGAGACGAGCCACGUGACUGACCAGUCCAUCUCCGAAGACGAUUCGUGAAUUCCAGCCCCAAAGCUCCUGCCAUACCCCUCGGAAGGCUGAAAGAUCGAAGAUAUGAUGACAAGUGUCUCACACAACCAUGUACAAAUAAUGAAAUUUGAAUAAUGGCGCGCCAAGCUAGCCUUAUCGCCACUCCCAGACUGGUAACUGAACACGACGCGGAAUUCUUCAAAAUAAAAUGUG